GGGGAAGCUGAGUGCUGAGACCUAGGGCUAAAGCUGGGAGACUGAAAAAAUGCAGACCACCGGGGCAUUACUCAUUUCUCCGGCUCUGAUCCGCUGUUGUACCAGGGGUCUAAUCAGGCCUGUGUCUGCCUCCUUCUUGAAUAGCCCAGAGAAUUCAUCUAAACAGCCUUCCUACAGAAGCUCCCCACUCCAGGUGGCCCGACGGGAGUUCCAGACCAGUGUUGUCUCCCAGGACAUUGACACAGCAGCCAAGUUUAUUGGUGCUGGGGCAGCCACAGUUGGUGUGGCUGGUUCGGGGGCUGGCAUUGGAACGGUGUUUGACAGCUUGAUCAUUGGAUAUGCCAGGAACCCAUCUCUCAAGCAGCACCUCUUCUCCUACGCCAUUCUGGGCUUUGCCCUGUCUGAGGCCAUGGGGCUCUUCUGUUUGAUGGUUGCCUUCCUCAUCCUCUUCGCCAUGUGAGGCUCUGUGGGGUCACCUGCCUGUCCCUGCUGUGGCGGCUCCACACCAUUCCUGGUGCUGGGGUGUGCUAAGCUUUACCAUUAAACACAAUGU